AUGGGUAUCUCGGGGCUGCUUCCUCUCCUCAAGGAGGUCCAGGUCAAUGGGCAUAUAUCCAACUUCAAGGGAAAGAAGAUGGCUGUAGAUGGAUAUGUAUGGCUUCAUAGAGGAGCAUUCGGCUGCGCCGAAGCUUUGGUGAAGGGAAAACGGACGACAAAAUUCGUCGACUAUGCCUUACAUCGCGUUCGGAUCCUGCGGCAUCAUGGUGUGGAACCAUUUAUCGUCUUAGACGGAGGACCGUUACCUGCAAAAAGAGGGACGGAGGUGUCUAGAGCGAGGUCGCGCGCGGACAAUUUGGAUAAGGCGAAAGCGCUCGAAGCUCAAGGUAGACACAAAGAGGCACGAGAUGCGUAUACAAAAUGUGUGGAUAUAACGCCCGAGAUGGCAUACCAACUCAUCAAAGCCUUGCGGGCUGAGAAUGUGGACUACGUCGUGGCACCAUACGAGGCAGACGCUCAAUUGUGUUUUCUGGAAAGGGAAGGGUAUGUCGAUGGCAUCAUAACGGAAGAUUCGGAUUUAUUAGUGUUUGGCUGUCGGCAAGUCGUUUUCAAGCUGGAUAGCAAUGGGGAUUGUGUGUGGAUACAGCGUGAUCGGCUGGCGACAUGUAGGGAGUUUCCGAUGCACGGGUGGACGGACGUUCAAUUUCGGCGUAUGGCGAUGCUUUCUGGAUGUGACUAUCUCGACUCUAUACCGGGUAUAGGCCUCAAAAAAGCUCAUAGGUUGAUGAGAAGGUUCGCGUCGGUCGAAAAAAUCAUUCAACAUCUUCGACUCGAAGGCUCCCUCGUCCCUCAAACCUACGCCGCCGACUUUGCCCUCGCCGAACUAGCUUUCCUCCACCAACGCGUAUUCCACCCCGAACUCUGCAAACUCGUCCCUCUCAAUCCUCUCCCAGAAGCGGGUUUGGGGGAAGAAGGUGAACGGUGGGUUGGGGAGGAUAUUGAGGAGGGUGUGGCCAGGGGGAUGGCGAGGGGGGAUGUUAAUCCGGAGACGAGGGUAGAGAUUGUUGAUGAAUGGCCGGAUUUUAAGCCGGAGAAGAAUGGGAAUGGGAAAGUUGGGGGUGGGGGUAGGGGUGGGGGUGGGAAGAAGGGGACGUUGGAUGGGUUCGUUCAACGUGUCAAGAGACCGACGGUACUUCCUCGACCUAUCGGCGCAUUCGGUUCCGGCGCUUCUCGCCUAUCCGACCAAAUCCCCAUAUCAUCGCUCGACUCCAUCCCCACAACAUCUUCCGAAGAUCUCGAUCAGCCCCCUGCUGGGAGGAAAAGCAAAUUCUUUUCCAAGAAAGAGUCAACCCCCGAGCUGGGGGUUAAACUUUUGUGGGAAGAUGAUUCGGAGGAUGAAGCACAGUUGCAGUCGUCUAUGAUGAUUGAUACGCAGAGAGCGGGGACGAGGUCGCCUUCGCCGGCUGUUUCGAGUUUGAAAGCGGGAAGCUCGCCCGCCCGGCUCGUCGAAGAGGAUGAUGAACGGGAGGAUGAGGAUGAUGGGGAGGAUGGGAGGUUGAGCGAGACCAAGAGCCCGUCGGUUAUGGCUAUCAGCAGCCCACCUUGCUCCAGUCCGCUUAUACCAAAGAUCGACAAACUGGCUGCGAGAUCGUUCCCGAGAAACAAAGCGGCGGGGGGGGUGGUGAAGAGGGAGAAGGAGGAGAGUGGGCUUUUCACGCCGAAAGCUGGAUUGGGGAGUAGAGGAGAUUCGUUUGGAAGCGAGUAUGAUGCGAUGGAGGAGAGGAAGAGGGGGAGGGGUACGUUAAGGGUGUCGAGGGUGCUGGAACCGACUGCGUCGAGGGAUACGAUCGUACCGGCUUCUUCAUCCCCUCCACUCCCCCAGUCGGAACCCUCGCCUGCCCCUCCAAUAACUUCAAAACCACUCAGCAGACAGCCCCCUCGCCGGAGGUCCGACCUGCCUUCGAGCGAUUCUAUAGACUCCGAAGAGCUUGCGACGCCCUCUCAUUCUCAUGAGCCUACGUCGAGCCAGAAGAAGAGGAAGCGGUCAAAGGUGGUGGAAGUGGAAGAAGAAGAGAUGGAUAAAGUGGAGGUGGAGAGGAAGGAGAAGGCGAAGGUGUUGGCGGGGGGGUGGAGGAUGAAGUAUGCGUUUGGGGGACAAUCUUCGGCGUCGCCGCCGGAAGGUGAGGCUACUCCGAAGCCGAGAGGGAGGGGGAGCAUUGGCAUCGCCAGGCCUGCUUCGACACCACUUCCGGCAAUAGCCGCGACCAAGUCUGGGAUCAUGACGAAUGGGUUCGGGCAAGGGUCUGUAAUGAGAACCAAGAUGGUUGAUGGCGUCAAGAUGACCAAGACGAACUCGUCCUCUUCGUCUACCUCCACCACUUUUACUGAGAACCAAACUUCCGAAACCACCCUCGUCCCCACCUCCCUCCCCGCCAAGAAACCAAUCGUCGUCCCCUCUUUCGGCACCGCUUCCACCUCCCGCGCCAAAGCUCUCAAAGACGACGCCGUCUUCAAGCCAUGGCCGGACAAUGUCGAUACCCCUACGAGAGGUGGCGGGAGUGGAGGAAAGAGGGAUGUGAAGAUUGGACUGGGGAGUGUGGUCAGAAAGACCGAGGAGCAGGGGCAAGGGGAGGAGCAGAAUGGGGGGGGAGAGGGGCGGAGAGAUGAAGAUGAGGAUAUAGGGUCGUUUACGCCUUCGCCCGAGAGGGGUCCGGGGACUGGGGAGAAGGGAGUGAAAGUGGCUGGCAGUACGAUUUCGAGGUUGGAAAAGUACAAGUUUGGGAUGGGGACGAGGAAGUAG